ACCUCAGAACUUAACUUCCGCUUCCCUAGUUGACUCUUCCUCUCCAGCCAGGCGGGUAACAAGACAAGUUCCCGCACCUCCCCAUUCCUGACCCUGAUCCUCGCAGGGAGACAGGCAGGGGUCACUGGCUGCGCGCUGGGGCGCGCCCGCUCCCUCUCUGGGCCUCCGCGUUGUGACCAUCACUUCUCAGUACCCGCUCGCCAGGGCCUCCUGAAUUCUGGCUCCUGCGCGCCCUCUUGUGGACGCUUGUGGGAUCACAGGCUCAGCUGGAAAGGAUCGUGGGAAAAUCGUCAGCGCCAACUUCCAGGGCCUGGUGGAUCCUAAGUUCUUGUUUGUCCUCUCGGUGAUCGGGCUGUGUCACCUCUGAGACUUGGGAGCUGGCAAGGCCUGGUGACCUCUGGGCCCAGCGACCCGUGGGGAGCUUACGAGGAAGAAAUGGGAUCAUCUACAUCUGAGGGACCGGUCCAGCGUUUGGCCUGAGGGCAGAAUUGGGGGAUAAGAGGUAUGCAAGAGACCCUUCUCUCAAGAAGCUGGAGACGCAGCUGAAGCCUCAACUCAGUUCCUGUGUGGCCUGGGGUGCUGUGGGCUCUCAGACCUGAAGUCGGGAGUAGCCAGGAGCCAUCCUCCGAGUGCUCGCUGCCUUGUCAGCGGCUCCCGUGAGACGGGAAAUUGAGGAUCGCGGCGGCAGAUCUUAAAUCAAAGUCCGGGCCAUCAAUCUCCGAGAACAGACUGAAAUAACAAGGGCUGCUCUGGAGGCGGAACAAAAUAACCCACACAAAGCAAACAGCACAGAGCCCGGCACAGGGUAGCCGGUCUCCUGUCUCCAGUGUGGUCGGAAGUGGAACCGCCCUCCCUGGCUGUCCCUCCUCGAGGGCCUCUGCGUCUGGGCCGCUGUCACCGGAGCUGCCGAUUCCACCUGGAGGCCUGGGUUUGCCAGCCACAGGGCUGCCGCACAGGCUGGGACUGCGGCUCGGCCAGGAGACGUGGUGGCUGUGGACCCCCCAGCUCCGAGCAGCCCCUCUUUGACCUCGCGCGGUGGAGAAGCAGCCCCAUGAAGGUGCCCAGCCAUGCAAUGUUCCUGGAAGGCCGUCCUCCUCCUUGCUCUGGCCUCCAUCGCCAUUCAGUACACGGCCAUCCGCACCUUCACCGCCAAGUCCUUCCACACGUGCCCCGGGCUGGCGGAGGCCGGCCUGGCCGAGCGGCUCUGCGAGGAGGGCCCCACCUUCGCUUAUAACCUCUCCCGCAAGACCCACGUCCUCAUCUUGGCCACCACGCGCAGCGGCUCGUCCUUCGUGGGCCAGCUCUUCAACCAGCACCUGGACGUCUUCUACCUGUUCGAGCCGCUCUACCACGUGCAGAACACGCUCAUCCCGCGCUUCACCCAGGGCAAGAACCCCGCCGACCGGCGCGUGAUGCUGGGCGCCAGCCGCGACCUCCUGCGGAGCCUGUACGACUGUGACCUCUACUUCCUGGAGAACUACAUCAAGCCGCCGCCCGUCAACCACACCACCGACAGGAUCUUCCGCCGCGGCGCCAGCAGGGUGCUGUGCUCGCGCCCCGUGUGCGACCCUCCGGGCUCCGGCGACCUGGUGCUGGAGGAGGGCGACUGCGUGCGCAAGUGCGGCCUGCUGAACCUGACCGUGGCCGCCGAGGCCUGUCGCGAGCGCAGCCACGUGGCCAUCAAGACCGUGCGGGUGCCCGAGGUGAACGACCUGCGGGCCCUGGUUGAGGACCCCCGGCUCAACCUCAAGGUCAUCCAGCUGGUCCGCGACCCGCGUGGCAUCCUGGCUUCCCGCAGCGAGACCUUCCGCGACACGUACCGGCUCUGGCGGCUGUGGUACGGCACCGGGAGGAAACCCUACAACCUGGACGUGACGCAGCUGACCACCGUGUGCGAGGACUUCUCCAACUCCGUGUCCACCGGCCUCACCCGGCCGCCGUGGCUCAAGGGCAAGUACAUGCUGGUGCGCUACGAGGACCUGGCCAGGAACCCCAUGAAGAAGACCGAGGAGAUCUAUGGCUUCCUGGGCAUCCCCCUGGACAGCCACGUGGCCCGCUGGAUCCAGAACAACACGCAGGGGGACCCCGCCUUGGGCAAGCACAAAUACGGCACCGUGCGCAACUCGGCGGCCACGGCCGAGAACUGGCGCUUCCGCCUGUCCUAUGACAUUGUGGCCUUCGCCCAGAACGCCUGCCAGCGGGUGCUGGCGCAGCUGGGCUACCGGAUGGCCGCCUCGGAGCAGGAGCUCAAGGACCCCUCCAUCAGUCUGGUGGAGGAGCGGGACUUCCGCCCUUUCUCGUGACGGGGGCUCCGUGGGUGGGGGUGAGGGGCACAUCGUGUCGGUUUUGAUAAAAUGGACCGUUUUUAACUGUUGCCUUAUCUCCCCCUCCCUCCCCGCCCCCGUCUUUGUGUCCUUCCUGCCCCCCGCCCACUCCCCACGCCCUUCUGCCUCUCUUUGUCUCUGAAAUUUGCACUAUGUCCUGGACAGGAAUCACUGCGCCAGAGGGGGCAGCAAGUGGGGUCCAGCCCCCAUCCCACUCCAUUCGGACACACGGACGUUGGGUCUCUGUGUGAAUGGUGACAAUGUUUACAAGCACCACACUCACACAUACACACACACACACACAGACACACACGGGCGCCCACGAGGAGAGACACCCCAAACCACACAACUUCGGAAGCUUUUGGAACAAGUGGUCAGGGUAUGGUAGUUUUUGCACUGUUACUUCUGCAACGCAAGAGGCUCAAAACACAAAGGCCACUUCUCUCUAAUUUAUGAAUGGUGUCUAUCCUUCCCCAUCUGGCUUCCUGUCCCCAAUGCCCACCGCCCCCCCUCGGAGCAGAGAAACUGCCCCCUCCUGCCCGCCCUUGCCUGUCGGCGCACAGGUUUUUACUGUGAGGUGAAUGUGGACCUUGUUUAUUUUCUCCAGUCUGUGGCGAUGCUGUCUGUCUGUCUGAGUCUUGUGGCUGCCCCUGGACCAGUGAUGGCUGAUAAAUCUUAGGGGUUUCUGAUUGAUCUUGGGAUCCAUCUGUGAUAUUUCUUUGUGCCAAAAAGAAAAAAAAAAAAAAAGAGUGGAUCGGUUUGCUAAAUGAACAUUGAAAUGCUUUAUCUGUGUUUUCUGUAAAUAAAAGAGUGCAAUAACGUCUGGA